AGUGGGAAAGCGGCGCGUGCCCUUUACCCCACUCAGAGCGGAGACAACCUGGCAAGAAAGUGUCGCUUUUAAGCCUGUGUGUUGCAUCCCUUUGAUUGCUGUUGGGGGCUCUGAGGCGAGCCCGAAGGCGGGAGUGUAAUGCGGCACUUUUGAGUUCGCAGCGGCUGGUUCCUGAGCUUGGUGGGGCCGAGAGCCGACCGCGCUCGCUCGCUCGCUCCCUCUCUCCAGUCCAGGCGCCCCCUCAGCCCGCCCCGCCUCGGGCGCUGAGUUCGUGUCUGGGCCGGCAAGAUGGCGGCAGCGGCGGGGUCUGGCGCGGAACUGCUCGGGGCGCCGGGGGAGCAGCCCGUCCUGGCGGCGACACUGACCCCAGAGGAGAUCAUCCGCAGGCUCCGGAGCACGAGGCGGGAACUGAGCAACAGGCGCAAGAUUCUGCUGAGGAACCUGCCCGCCGAGAGCAGCAGCCAGGAGGUUCAUGAUUUAUUAAAAGAUUUUGACUUGAAGUAUUGUUACGUGGACAAAAAUAAAAGAACAGCUUUUGUUACUCUUCUGAAUGGAGAGCAGGCUCAGAACGUGAUAAGACUAUUUCACCAACACUCUCUUCGUGGAAAAGAAAUAUCAGUGCAGCUUCAGCCAACUGAUGCCUUGCUCUGCAUUACCAACUUGCCCACUUCCCAUACAAUUCAAGAGUUUGAAGAGCUGGUGCGUUCCUACGGCAAUGUCGAGAGACACUUUCUGAUUUAUAGUGAAUACACAGGAUAUUCAAAGGGCUAUGGCUUUGUGGAGUACAUGAAAAAGGAUUCUGCUGCUAAGGCUAGAUUGGACCUUCUAGGGAAACAGCUAGGUGGAUAUGUCCUCUUUGCCCAGUGGAUGGAUGUUAACCAGUUAACUCCAGAACUCAUACAUUCGAAGUGCCUUUGUGUGGAAAACCUCCCUAUGGACUACACAGAUGGAGAAAGUCUGCUGCAGAUGUUUUCAUCUAAAUAUAAGCCAGUGUUCUGCCAGGUAUGCUUAAAUCUUGCUCAGGAUGAAGAUAGUUCUGUUGGUGGCUUUGCAGUCAUUGAGUAUGAAACAACAGAUCAAGCAGAGGAAGUACAGCAAGGCACAGAUGGCCUGGCUAUCAGAGGGAAGAGAGUGCAUGUAUCUUACUGUGCUCCCGGAGCUUCAGGGCGUGGCACUCUUGCUACACUUAUAGCAGCACAACGCAUGAUGAGGAACAGCAGAAAGGGGUUACUUCCAGAGCCAAAUGCAGUGCAGAUUAUGAAAAGCUUAAAUAGCCCAGCAAUGUUACAGAUGUUGUUCCAACCCCAGUUACGUGGAUGUGCUAAUAAACUUGCAGUUGUUGGAGCUCCCAUGAAUUUACCCCAUCUUGUAAGCCCAUCAGUCAGCCCAGCCUUCUUGCAUUUGAAUAAAGUUCAUCAGAAACCAAGCUUGCUUGGAGAGCCUCCAGCAUGGCUUCUGCACACAAUGUUAGGAAUGGGUACUGUACCACCAGUGAACACAGACAUUGGAAGUCAUGGAGAAGCACACAAUUUAUCUAAUCGGACUACAGUUCAGACACCGGUUGCAGCAGGGAUUGGCAUGCUGCCAUUCUUUCCAAAUCAGCAUGUAGCUGGGCAAGCAAUGCCAAGGCAAAACAACACACAGGACAAGCUGCCAUCUGCAGUAGGACUGACAGAAGGUGCUGGCUCAGGGUCACAGGCUUAUCUGCAGAACUUAAUAAAUGUCACUACCGGAGGCCUGCGGACAGGACUUAUCCAGCAGCAGAGCUCGCCCCAAAGCACUGACUCUGGCUCAGGGAAUUCUUCAAAAAACCAGACCUCUCUCCUAGGAGAUCCCCCCAAAGAAAUCCAUCUUAGUACCAAUCCCUACUUGAACUUGGCAAGUGUGCUACCUGCUGUGUGUCUUUCAGCAAAUUCCAGCAAAGCCAGUAAUACUAAGCAACAGACUGGACUUUCCAAUAACUCGCUGGAUACUGCAGCUGCUCAGGGAACCACAUCGCAACAGGCAGUCGAAAACUAUUUUAACUAUACACCACAGUAUGGAGAUUAUGCACAGGAUGCAGUUCAGCAGUGGUAUCAACAGUAUGCUCAGGCAUACCAUACAGUUCAGUCUAGAGCAGAACUGGAAAACGAUGGCUUGGAGGAAUCUGAUGGUGGAGUUUAUGGUGACUACGGUACCUAUUUACAGGUAUUGCCUUCAUAUUAUGCUGCAGCCCAAGGAUCCUUCCACACAGGCAUCUUACCACUUACACCACAAAAUCCACUGAAGAUGGCAGCAGUAAGAAAUGAGAAGCGGGGCUCUUCCUACCUCAUCACCUCUCCAGAAGAUGGCCCAGUGGAAUAUGUUGGCCAACACACUCAGGGAUCAGAAGCAAAUUAUGCCGAAUUGUAUCUUAAAAGAAAGCGUGUUUACUAAGAUUGACACCUUGCUUGAUCAAAGUCAAAGCCACUUUGUACUUUUCUGUUCCUAUCUUGUCACCCCAUCUUUCACUUUUAAUAUAUUGUAGAUAUCUUUAAAAAUUAUGUACAUAGAAACUAGUUUUUCCUUAAUGCACUUGUGUAGCAAGGGAGGAGAAUGACGAAUGUAAUGACUGUUACCUCCCAGACUAGUUUCUGUGUGUUAAAGUGACAAUUAAGUCUUCUAUGAAAGAAAAGGCAGCUUUGUGGCUUGGCUAUUUCUCUCAAAAGCAAUAAAACAAUGGGAAAAUAAAUGUCUCUUGCUAUUUUGAUGGAGAGGUUGCAAUGAUAGUCUUAAGAAAGCAAUUAUGCCAGUAUGGUUUUUCCCUUUGUUGCUUCUUUGGGCUGUAAAGCAUUUAUUUAAUUCAGUUAUUUUGAUGUUAGGGAGUAGUAACAGUCCAUUACUUGAUUUUAAUGGAACUUGUGUGCUAGAUUUCAGCUUGGACAAUCUGAUUUUAUUUUGUUAAAACAGUUCAUUAGGUUGAGUACAAGCACCACAAACUUCAGUAUAGUUAAAGUAACCAAAUAUUAUUUGGAUUUUAAAAAUAGCAGUUAUGCUAUGUAGUCAUAGCCCUUAAAGUGGUAGUAUGUAAAGAAAAGAUAGAAACCUGUUGCUUAAAAUGAGAGUCGGUGAAUUUCUAAAUUGUAUUAAAAUAAGUGACUUCAAAAGCAUAGUGAUGAUAUUCCAAGUGUGGUUAAAAGGUGAAGACUAAUUAAUACUGGCCUUGUAUUGAUAGUCUUUAAACCACUAGGCCCAUCACUCCCAAAUUCAGGGACAAUCUUUAUAUAUAGUAAUUUCAGACCACACACCAAUUUACAUAUAGUGUCCAGUGAAUUCCCAGGCUAAUAAUCUAUAUUUAGUGUUUCAGGUUGUUGCUUUCCAAAUCUCAUUCCUAUACGCUGUUCUUGAUUUUUUUUCGCUGGAAAUUCUUCAGUAUCUUCUAUUGCACUUUAUUAGUAUUUGCCUUUCAUAAUCUUGUGCACCAGAACUGGAGUGAUACUGUGUAUGUUUUAUGCAAUGCUUCAGCUAUAUUGUUGGCUCUUAAUUUAUUUCUAACUAGAAUUCAUUAUCCCUAAAAGACUACUUUUCUGUUGCCUUUAAUCAAAGCAUGUCUGAAAUGGCUAAUACUAUGUAUGGCAGAGAAACCUAGUGCAAAAUGCAUUUGGGGCAUUUUCCAGCAGUAACUCCCUUGAGGUUCAUUUAAACCAAUUUAAGAAACUCAGUCCCGCCCAGAAAUACUACUGAGGAAAGUUAUGGAGACAAGGCUAGUUGUACUUAAGCCUCAAUGAAAUUAAUUGAAUUUAGGUCAGCUAUGACUAACCUAUCUCACUUAUUUUAAUGGGGCCUGUAACUAACUUUGACUGUCUGAUCUUACUGUAUAAUUAGAUCUACAUUGUUCACAGGUAGCUGCUGCCUUUGAAACUAUCCUAAGAGCUUCCUUGGCUUACUGUAUUAAAUAGUCUUAUUCACAUUGAAUAUGUAACCCACCAUUCUUUCUGCAAAUAAAUUAGCAAGCUACUUUAUAUGUA